AUGACUCCCACGCAACUUGCGCUCGCCGCCGCCGCCGCGCUGCUUGUCUGCGCACGCGCAGAAACUCAACAUAAAAAUAGCUUCAGCGUGAAGCUACGCAUGUCUCCUGAGAAACAUCGAGCAAUACUCAAUGGCGACCCAGGUGAUGCCCAGACCCCGCUGUCACGGCACUACUUCUACAAUUCUCUGGUAGACAGCUCAAAGCAAUCUCUCGGCGAUCAACGUGCGACUAAAAACAUGAACCAUAAAGAAACGCAGAAUAUGCUGCCAGGGGACAGCCGCGACAAAGAUUACAAUGACGACAAGGAAAGCCUAGGAGGAAGAAAAUUUACAAGUGAUCGCGAAGAUAAGGCAUACCCUUCAGGCAAGCGGACGGAGCUGCCGUCGGGCUGCCUGUACGAGGGACGCUGGUACAAUGACGGCGCGUCGGUGAACACGCGCGAAGACUGCCUGCGCUGCGUGUGCUCGCACGGCGCGCUGUCGUGCCGGCGCCGCGCCUGCGAGCCGCUGCCCGACCCGAUACCGCUGCGCUGCCACGUGCGACACCGCCGCGGCUUCUGCUGCCCCGAGCUGCAGUGUCCGGAUGGUGUUAAGCUGAUGGAACAAAAACCCUCUGCAAUGUCAGACAAAACUGAGGAUGACAGCGAGCUAGACGUCCCGACGGCAACACCCGCCUCCUCGGCUAACGUGUUCCCAGCGUGCGUGGAGGGCGGCAGCGUGUUCGCGGCGGGCUCGGCGCUGAGCUCGCGCGUGGCGUGCGAGCAGUGCUUCUGUCUGCGCGGCGCGCGGCACUGCGUGCGCCCGUCCUGCCUGCCGCCGCCGCAGCACUGCGCGCCGCGCCCUGCCACCGGUGCCUGCUGCCCGCAGCGCUACUACUGCGACUCCUCAACUGAAAAACCAGAUCAAAGUCCCAAUCAGUUUGACUGCCAGGUGGACGGCACUCUGGUGCCGGAAGGAUCCCCUGUGGCGACGCGCGGCAACUGCUCGUCGUGCUUCUGCCUGCGCGGGGAGGUGCGGUGCCAGGCGAUGGGCUGCGCGCCCGAGCUGGCCGGCUGUCGGCCGCUGCUGGCGCCAGGCGAUUGCUGCGCGCACCAGUAUGUCUGCGACCACGUGGACGAAGAACUUCUAUCACACGUCAUAAUGGGACCGGUAAACUCUCCAGCAUCUUUAAGGUCAGACGAGCGGACUUUCCAUUUGACAAAAGCCACCAAAUUAGAAACCACCACAAAGAAGAUAGCGACCCUUUUUACUUUGAAACACAUAUCUUUCGCGUCAGCCACUAAGAACCAUCUCGUCACCACGGCCAAGGUUAAAAGAAGAACAGACGAUCAAUCUCCGGACUCUGUCCGAAACGCUGAACAAACCAAUAACGAUACAUCUUCUGAUACCACUACUACACAGAAACUGUCAAAUGCUGCUAAAUAUGUACCAAAUACUCAGUCUAUAACUGUUACUUACCCAGAAAAAUCUACAGAUCAACCAGAAGCAAUCGUAAAAAUUACGGUUAACGGAACUAUAAACUGUACAGCUGAACUGUCUUCUACUUCCUUACCUCUAAACCUAAUUCACAAUGACACUGACAAAAUCCAUGAAGAAGCGAUAGCUCGAGUGCCGAUUGUCAAUGUGGAAGCACAAACAUAUUCACCCAACGACAUAAUUACUGACAGGAACGUAAACGGUGGCUUCGACGACACUGAUACGUUCACAAUAAACGUGACGAGCUCGUUGGUUACCAACACCAGCCACUCGACGUCCAGACCUGCAAUGGCGGCUGCCAAGAUAUCAAUAGCAGGCCUUGCUCAGGAUGCGCUCAAUGUUUCUAACAAGAAAAAGGGCGAAUUUGAUUACGAUUACACAGAGCCGACACUGCCGCCAUCAUUGCCGAACUUAAAGAUCAUUCCAUUUGUAGCUGCCGAUGCAGUCGUUGAAGAUGACCCUAUCAAGGACACUGUCAGAUAUCCGAUACUGGAGAGACCGGACAAGUUCCCGGUAUACUAUCCCGCCGCCGCCGCCGACACCAAAGACGACACAUUCUCUGUCAGACGAGAAGAUACCUACAAACCCACACAAUACCCAAUCUUUGUAAUGGGCAAAGUGGAGCCACCGUAUACUCCCAUCACUCAGGAGGUAGACCUGACGAGGGAAAGAUAUCCUGAGCGCGAUGAUCUAGGAGUCCAAGAGUAUACUGUGUCGGCUUCACUAGGAAGUCCCAUGUCUGGUGUGAAAGCAGUCACUAACGUCCCCACGACCAGUACCACUUUUGAUGUGGAGACACCAACUGUAAAUCGGUUUUCUCCACCGGUGGAAACUCAAGGUGGUUUCAUCCCGAAGGGGUCAGGUGUAAUCGAUGACUUCUUCGCAGUGUUUACUAGCACUGAGCCGACCUCGACCGUCCCUCACCUCACCACGUCCAUGCAACUAGAUGUGAAACGUAUUCAAGGUGAAUGUGUUCUUACUGACGGGCGUCGCGUACCCGGCGGCGAGAGUAUCGUGAUGGGCUGUCAUCUAUGCACGUGCUCGUGGGUGGAACUGGUCUGCGAACGUCGGGACUGUGCCCCGCCGGCGCUCGGCUGCCGGUACCAGCCCGUCUCUAACCACUCGACAGAUCCCUGUUGUGGAGACGUCAUCUGCGGUAACGACCACGCAGGCAAGAAUACUUCUACUACAAUGGUGUCAACUAAAACUGAAAAUAAACAAAACGAAGCCAAAGAUGUAAUCCAGCCACAUAACUCACCCGAGUCGUCUGGAAAUAACAACACAAAAGUAGCUGAAUCAAACAAUAAGAACAACGCUACAGCGAACGAACCAAAAGUAGUUAGUGAAAGUGUUCCGACUACAAUCAUACCAUCGACCAGUUCUACUCCUGCUUCAACAUCUACUACUACUACUUCUACUACUACGACGACGACUACUACUACUACUACUACGCCUACGCCUACAACUACUAAACCUACUAAUCCAACGACCACUGCCGCACCAGUUCCUGCUAAACAGGAUGGUGAGUUUUCUCACGAUGAUGAAGAUGAAGAUGAAGAGGAAGAAUUCUCAUUUGGCAGCGUACUGAAGCUUCUACUCAGUGAUAGUUAUGAAACUACCACUGCCUCGAACAGGAAGACCAGCAGCAAAACAACCGCAAGACCGAUUACAGCGCCUCCUGUAGAUACUGCCACAGACCCACCGAACAAACCCCUGCCCGAACUACCUGUAGUAGAUACUUCGUUCUUCAAGCCCCUUCCGUCACACGUUUUCGCUCUCCCAAAAAUACCUCCAAACCCGCACACAGUCAACAGAAUAGACCACCUAGUGCUCGGUGAGGCAACUGCCAUUACACGACCACCCAUUCGUCCAGUCACGAUCAAGACCACCAAGCGACCGCCGCCACAGACGUAUGAUACGACAGAAAGAAAACCUGUGAUGCUGGAGGUGCCCGCUCCAUUUGUGUCAAUUUCUCCAGGAGGACCUGUCCCUAACGCAGGAGGUUUGCUUGGCCCGGGACUUCUGAAAUUAGCAGGCUGUAACAUCUACGGGAGGAUGUACCGGGUCGGGAGGAUUAUCACGGAGUUAUCGACUCCGUGCCAGGAGUGCUGGUGUACAGAGUUGGGGGUCCAGUGCAAGCCGCUGGCGUGCUGA